ACACCCAACCUUCACUUCCCCCCCUCUCCCCCCCGACCUGCCGUACCCCUAGCUAAGGACGCAUAAUUCUCGCCAGACAAGUCUUGGACGGCAUGACGAUCGACAAGGUUUUUAUUCUCAAGUCUAGCGAUGGGAGGCCUCUCAAAUUAGACACCGCCGUAAGUUUACAAGAACCUGCCAUCGCCAUAAAACCACGCUGUACGCUUACGUAUUACCUUGUAAUAGGCCGAUAUUGAACCACAUAUCGCUUCCCUCAAGGGCAAUGAGACGGUGGAGGAAAUCCGGCUCGGUGGUCACACUUUUGGAAUCGAAGCCUGCAAAGCGCUCGCCGAGGUCCUGAAAACAAACAAAAAUCUGCACGUAUGUAGCCCUAUCUCUGCUGAAGUGACGGAGCUGACAUAUGAUCCAUACAGGUCUUCAAUGCGGCCGACAUCUUUACCGGCCGCCUUAUCUCUGAGAUUCCGGAUGCCCUUGCGGCGCUACUAACAGCGCUCUUGACCCUUGAGCAUUUGCACACUGUCGAUCUCUCGGAUAACGCCUUCGGGGGCCGCCUUGCGGAUACUCUAAGGGAUUUCUACGCCCGGGCCGGUCCAUUACGGCACCUUUUGCUGAAUAACAAUGGCCUUGGUCCUGCCGGUGGCAUCAUAGUGGCCAACUCAAUCCGUGACCUUGCAGCUCUCAAAGCGUCGAAACCGGCACACCCUCCCCUUGAGACUAUUGUUUGCGGUCGUAACCGCCUUGAGAACGGAUCCAUGGAAGCGUGGGCGCAGGCUUACGCUGCACAUAGGUCGCUAAAGACAGUCAAGAUGGUGCAGAACGGGAUCAGGCAGGAGGGCAUCAACACGCUUUUGAGAAAUGGCCUCUCAAAGAAUCAUGGGUUACAAAUCCUGGACUUGCAGGACAAUACGUUCACGGCCACAGGAGCUCAGGCUUUGGCAGCCGUUGUAACGAACUGGGGUGACCUACUAGAGCUAGGGGUUGGUGAUUGUCUAAUUUCUGCGCGUGGAGGAGUAUUGCUAGGCGAGGCAUUGGCACAGGAGAAAAACAAAGCGCUCAAAACUAUCAGACUUCAGUAUAAUGAAAUCGACGUUAAAGGUGUUGAGGCCAUUAAAAGGGCCAUCAAAACUGCUCUCCCGAAACUUCAACGGUUAGAGCUUAAUGGAAACAGGUUCUCGGAGGAGGAGCUUGUCGUCGAGCAAAUGCGCGAGAUCUUUGAAGAUAGAGGAUUCGGCGAACUAGACUCCCUCAGCGAUAUGGAGGAGGAGACCGACGAGGAGGACGAGGGCGACGAAGACGAAGAGGUGGACGAGAAGGAGGACAUCGUCAAACAGGCAGAGGAAGCGGAGAGCGCAAAAGUUCCACAGGAGGGUGACAAGAAGGUCGAUGCCCUCGCAGACUUGCUCGGUGGAGCAAAGAUUGCGUAGGAGGGAAGAGAGCUGUCCCCCAAACUCCGUGCCCGGACGAGGCAGUUAUUUUUUUUUUUUUUUUUUUUUCGUCACUGAAGUAAACAAACGGGGAGAUAGCAUCUGUAUUGUGCCUUGCCCGAUCUUGAAAUAUUUUCCCCUUGAUCCCCUGCUGUAUCCCGGAGAAGCCGAAUGGCGUUCUUUAUUACCCGAUUAUUCCUUCCUUCCUUCCCUUCCUGUGUUUACCGGCCAUUUUAGAAUACACUUAUCCUUGCUAGUAUGAUACAGUCUGAUAUCCCCUUAUAACUCUUGAUGUAACGUAACGUCUUCAAUCCCUAGCUAGCU